AUGUCAGCCAUCAGUACCUUUUUCCGGCUCCUCCUACUGAUCUCCUUUGUGCCGUCCCUUGUCCCGACAAACACUGUCUUCGAUGUUGAGCUAGUCCACCGUGACUCCCCCAAGUCGCCACUAUACAAUAUCUCGAUGACGCCAUUCGAUCGCUUGCAGGCCGCUGUCGUCCGCUCGAUCAAUCGAGCUAGCUACUUGGACAAGCGCAUCGCCAUGAAUACCUCCAUCGACAUAGAGGUUGGCUUGUUCUUUAAUGAUUGGGAAUUCUUGAUGGGGUUCAACAUCGGCACGCCAAACCCACUAUAUGUGUGGGGCGUCUUUGACACCGGCAGUGAACUAAACUGGGUCAACUGUGUUGGUUGCCAAUGCUCUAAUAGGACCGCCACCCUAUUCAAUCAUAGUGCAUCCCUCACCUACAAGAAGUUAUCUUGCUCUUCCGAUGAGUGCAAGAGCUUUCGCCGAGGUUAUUGCAAUAAUGAUCACAUGUGCAGAUACCAUUACAGCUACGGUGAUGGAUCCAACAUCGACGGAAUUUUAUCCUCGGACACCUUCCAUUUCUCCUCAUUAGAUACGUUUCAAUCUACAUCCAUUCCAAAUAUGGUAUUCGGUUGUAACAUCCGAUCCUUGAACACAAUAAUUGACGACCCCGGCAGCUUCAUUGGGAUGGGCCCCAGGCCACCAUCUUUGAUCUACCAGCUCGCCCCUAAGUAUAUCAGCAAGUACUUCUCCUACUGCCUGAACAUGCUCCAUAAUGGAACCGACAGCAAGCUCUUAUUGGGAAGAGGCAAUUCGGCGAUCACCGAAAAGGCGAGUGUCACGCCGCUCAUGACGCAAGAUGGCUUCUACGCUGUGCAGCUUAAUACCAUCUCAAUUCCCGGUGAGUUUGACAUCUUCCUUGCUAGGAGCCCCAGGUUAACGGGCGGCAACAUCAUCUUCGACUCCGGAACUCCCAUGACUCUACUGGCCACUCAUGUGAUGGAUCAGUUAGUAAUGAAAAUGACGAAUUAUGUUAUCUUGCCGACUGUGAAGAUGCCAGGAAAAUUCAAAUUGUGCUUCACUGUGAUCUCGACAGAGCAAGAGAACGAGCUACCGGGGUUGUGGUUCUCGUUUGCUGGGACAUUGGGGGACUUUUGGGUGAGCCCUAAAAACCUGUUUACGUGGUAUCAAGAGGAUGUGAAAUGCAUGGCGAUAAUGGAAACGGAUGGCUUACAAAUCUUUGGGAAUAUUAUGCAGCAAGAUGUUUUAGUUGGACAUGAUCUAGAUAAAAUGGAAUUGACCCUUAUAGAGAAAAAUUGCACCAAGUUAAACAAUCCCUAA